UUUAAGCCUCUCGGUCUGUGGCAGCCGCGUUAGGCCGGCCCCGGGAGCGGAGAGCGAGGGGAGGCGGAGACCGAGGAAGGUCCGAGGAGCAGCUCCGUUCCUCGUCGAGCCGCCACUGCAGGCCGAGGACGGUCGGACUACCGCGGCGGGAGGAGCCUGUUCCCCUGAGGGUCUCUGAAGUACACCAUACUACGGUUUUGAAAAUCUUGCGUGGACAAUGGCUACCCAAGCUGACUUGAUGGAGCUGGACAUGGCCAUGGAGCCAGACAGAAAAGCAGCUGUUAGUCACUGGCAGCAACAAUCUUACCUGGACUCUGGAAUCCAUUCUGGUGCCACUACCACAGCUCCUUCUCUGAGUGGUAAAGGCAAUCCUGAGGAAGAGGAUGUGGAUACCACCCAAGUCCUGUAUGAGUGGGAGCAGGGAUUUUCUCAGUCCUUCACUCAAGAACAAGUAGCUGAUAUCGAUGGACAGUAUGCAAUGACUCGAGCUCAGAGGGUACGAGCUGCUAUGUUCCCUGAGACAUUAGAUGAGGGCAUGCAGAUCCCAUCUACACAGUUUGAUGCCGCUCAUCCCACUAAUGUCCAGCGUCUGGCGGAACCAUCACAGAUGCUGAAACAUGCAGUUGUAAAUUUGAUUAACUAUCAAGAUGAUGCAGAACUUGCCACACGUGCAAUCCCUGAAUUGACAAAACUGCUAAAUGAUGAAGACCAGGUGGUGGUUAAUAAGGCUGCAGUUAUGGUCCAUCAGCUUUCUAAAAAGGAAGCUUCCAGACACGCCAUCAUGCGUUCUCCUCAGAUGGUGUCUGCUAUUGUACGCACCAUGCAGAAUACAAAUGAUGUGGAAACGGCUCGCUGUACUGCUGGGACCUUACACAAUCUUUCCCAUCAUCGUGAGGGCUUGCUGGCCAUCUUUAAGUCUGGGGGCAUUCCUGCCCUGGUGAAGAUGCUUGGUUCACCAGUGGAUUCUGUAUUGUUUUAUGCCAUUACGACUCUCCACAACCUUUUAUUGCAUCAGGAAGGAGCUAAAAUGGCAGUGCGUUUAGCUGGCGGGCUGCAGAAAAUGGUUGCCUUGCUCAACAAAACAAAUGUUAAAUUCUUGGCUAUUACAACAGACUGCCUUCAGAUUUUAGCUUAUGGCAAUCAAGAAAGCAAGCUGAUAAUUUUGGCUAGUGGUGGACCUCAAGCUUUAGUGAAUAUAAUGAGGACCUACACCUAUGAGAAACUACUGUGGACCACAAGCAGAGUACUGAAGGUGCUCUCUGUCUGCUCUAGUAAUAAGCCGGCUAUUGUAGAAGCUGGUGGAAUGCAAGCUUUAGGACUUCACCUGACAGAUCCAAGUCAACGUCUUGUUCAGAAUUGUCUUUGGACUCUGAGGAAUCUUUCAGAUGCUGCAACUAAACAGGAAGGGAUGGAAGGUCUUCUUGGGACCCUUGUUCAGCUUCUGGGCUCAGAUGAUAUAAAUGUGGUCACCUGCGCAGCUGGAAUUCUUUCUAAUCUCACUUGCAAUAAUUACAAGAACAAGAUGAUGGUGUGCCAAGUGGGUGGUAUAGAGGCUCUUGUGCGUACUGUCCUUCGUGCUGGUGACAGGGAGGAUAUCACUGAGCCUGCCAUCUGUGCUCUUCGUCAUCUGACCAGCCGACACCAGGAAGCUGAGAUGGCCCAGAACGCUGUUCGCCUUCACUAUGGACUGCCAGUUGUGGUUAAACUCCUACAUCCACCAUCCCAUUGGCCUCUGAUCAAGGCUACCGUUGGAUUGAUUCGAAAUCUUGCCCUUUGUCCCGCAAAUCACGCACCUUUGCGUGAGCAGGGUGCCAUUCCACGACUAGUUCAGUUGCUGGUUCGUGCACAUCAGGAUACCCAGCGCCGUACAUCUAUGGGUGGAACACAGCAGCAGUUUGUGGAGGGGGUCCGCAUGGAAGAAAUAGUUGAAGGUUGUACUGGAGCCCUUCACAUCCUAGCUCGGGAUGUUCACAACCGAAUUGUUAUCAGAGGCCUAAAUACCAUUCCAUUGUUUGUGCAGCUGCUUUAUUCUCCCAUUGAAAAUAUCCAAAGAGUAGCUGCAGGGGUCCUCUGUGAACUCGCUCAGGACAAGGAGGCUGCAGAAGCUAUUGAAGCUGAGGGAGCCACAGCUCCUCUGACAGAAUUACUUCAUUCUAGGAAUGAAGGUGUGGCAACAUAUGCAGCUGCUGUUUUGUUCCGAAUGUCUGAGGACAAGCCACAGGAUUAUAAGAAACGGCUUUCGGUUGAGCUGACCAGUUCUCUCUUCAGAACGGAGCCAAUGGCUUGGAAUGAGACUGCUGAUCUUGGACUUGAUAUCGGUGCCCAGGGAGAACCCCUUGGAUAUCGCCAGGAUGAUCCCAGCUAUCGUUCUUUUCACUCUGGUGGAUACGGCCAGGAUGCCUUGGGUAUGGACCCCAUGAUGGAGCAUGAGAUGGGCGGCCACCACCCUGGUGCUGACUAUCCAGUUGAUGGGCUGCCAGAUCUGGGGCAUGCCCAGGACCUCAUGGAUGGGCUGCCUCCAGGUGACAGCAAUCAGCUGGCCUGGUUUGAUACUGACCUGUAAUCAUCCUUUAGCUGUAUUGUCUGAACUUGCAUUGUGAUUGGCCUGUAGAGUUGCUGAGAGGGCUCGAGGGGUGGGCUGGUAUCUCAGAAAGUGCCUGACACACUAACCAAGCUGAGUUUCCUAUGGGAACAAUUGAAGUAAACUUUUUGUUCUGGUCCUUUUUGGUCGAGGAGUAACAAUACAAAUGGAUUUUGGGAGUGACUCAAGAAGUGAAGAAUGCACAAGAAUGGAUCACAAGAUGGAAUUUAUCAAACUCUAGCCUUGCUUGUUAAAAUUUUUUUUAAAAUAUCUGUAAUGGUACUGACUUUGCUUGCUUUGAAGUAGCUUUUUUUUUCUUUUUUUCUUUUUUUUGCAGUAACUGUUAGUUUUUUAAGUCUCUCAUAGUGUUAAGUUAUAGUGAAUACUGCUACAGCAAUUUCUAAUUUUUAAAAAUUGAGUAAUGGUGUAGAACACUAAUUCAUAAUCACUCUAAUUGUAAUCUGAAUAAAGUGUAACAUUGUGUAGCCUUUUUGUAUAAAAUAGACAAAUAGAAAUGGUCCAAUUAGUUUCCUUUUUAAUAUGCUUAAAAUAAGCAGGUGGAUCUAUUUCAUGUUUUUGAUCAAAAACUUUAUUUGGGAUAUGUAUGGGUAGGGUAAAUCAGUAAGAGGUGUUAUUUGGAACCUUGUUUUGGACAGUUUACCAGUUGCCUUUUAUCCCAAAGUUGUUGUAACCUGCGGUGAUACAAUGCUUCAAGAGAAAAUGCGGUUAUAAAAAUGGUUCAGAAUUAAACUUUUAAUUCAUUC